AUGGAAGCCGAAGAGGUCCUUGGACCCUCCAGACCACGAUCCAAAUCCAAGGGCAAGAAGCGAGAGCGCGAGCGGGAAACCUCCCCGGUUGCUGGGCCCUCGACACCUGGCACCCCCACGUCGCAGGCGUCCCAGGACGACGAAGGCGAGGAGCCGGCCGAUGAGCACUACAAUGGCCUUGUCGGUGCUGGCGAGUAUGUCAUGCUGCGCCGCCAGCCGCAGAACCCCUACGACAGCAACGCGGUGCAGGUUGGCCACGUGCCGCGAAACACAGCUGCGCGGAUCGCCCCUCUCAUGGAUGCGCGUUUGAUCACCGUCGAGGGGCGCAUGAUCGGGCAGAACCUUGAUGGCAAGCACCGCUUCAAGCUCCCUAUACAGCGACUUCCAGCUGACAGCAGGGACAUGUGUGUCUAUUGUCGACCUGCACACCGGCCGCACCUCGAGCCAGAGUUUGAGUGGAUCACGCCCAUGGGCCAGAGCUUCGACAUGCUCCGCCGCAAGGGACAGGAUCCCAACCAGUCUGCAUUCUACGACUAUGGCACGCGCGGCGGCCAAGCAAGCAACUCGAACGAUAAGCAAGUCGAGAAGCUGCUCAAGGGUCUGAAGCAGGUCUCGGCAGACGAAAAGGCGGCGGACGACGUUAUGCUGCCUCUGCUCGAGAGUCCUCCAGGGGUUGCGAGCGGUGAACUCAACGUGGAUCUACUCCCGCAUCAGAGCCAGGCGAUCCGCUGGAUGAUCGACCACGAGCAUCCCAAACUGCCCAAGAUCGGCGAACCUGCUGUCCAGUUCUGGUCAAAGCAAAAGGGCAAGGGCAAGAACAGCGGGUACUGGCUGAACGCGGCGACCAAGACGCCACAGGAAGCGGAUCCGGAACUCGGCCGCGGUGGCAUCAUCGCUGACGGUAUGGGUCUUGGCAAAACGCUCUCCACGCUUGGUCUUGUGCUCGCGACGAUGGAUGAGGAGCCGAUAUGUCCUCUGUCUGUGCUGAGCAACUGGCAGAAGCAGAUUGAGGACCAUGUCGCGCCCGGGAAACUCACUUACUACACGUACCAUGGUGCUGGUGCCAAGGGCGUCAAGGGCAAGGAUCUUGUCGAGUACGAUGCCGGAAUUGCCACGCCUGUGAAGGGCAGCAAGCAGGCAAAGUCGAGCACGAAGAAGGGCCCGCUCAUGAAGGUGCACUGGAAGCGUGUCGUUGCCGAUGAGGGACACAUUCUUAAGAAUCCCAAGGCGAAGAGUAAGUUCGAAUGGCCAUCGCGAACUAACUCACCUCCAGUGACAAAGGCCUUCGCCAACUUGCAGGCUGAGCGUCGGUGGAUCGCGACCGGAACCCCGAUCGUAAAUUCGCCAACGGAUCUGGGUACGCUGCUGGCGUGCACGCGCGUCUGCACGCCUCUGGACAAGCCAGAGUUCUUCAAGUCGCUCGUGUUGCGUCCUCUGCGUUCUGGGUCUGCCGAAGCUGGACGUUUGCUACAGGGCAUUGUCGGCCAAGUGCUUCUGCGUCGCACCAAGGACACGGUGGAUGCCGAAGGCCGUAAGAUUGUGGAGCUCCCUCCCAUCGAGUUUUAUCAGUGCGAGGUCCAGCUCGACCCGGAAACCCGCAAAACGUACGAUGAGGUGCUGGAGAUAUCGCGGCAGCGCUUCGAAGAGAGUCUCCGAACAGGGGAGGUGUCGUUCCCUGUGGCGAAAUCUAACUCCAGGUGUGCUUUGACAUUCUCGCCGAUCCGCGCAUCACGGACUGCGGACAUCCCUGUGAGUUCAUCACAAAGUGUCCUGCAACUGACCUCAGUCUGUCUCCUGUGCAUCAGCGAGGUCAUCAAGCGACAAGGCCUCUGUCCAAUGGACCGACACGAGCUUUCCAUGGCAUCGCUGCUGGAGCUGCCGCCAGACCUGGACCUGGUGCCGGAUGAUGUGACCGUGAAACCCGCUGCACGUUCAGCCAAGAUCGCCGAACUCGUCAAGUAUCUCCGCGCCUUCGAUGCCGGUGACAAGACACUGGUAUUCUCACAGUUCACGAGCUUCCUGGACCGCGUCGCUGGUGUUCUCGAGGAUGAGGAGAUCAGUUAUUGUCGCUUCGACGGCUCGAUGCCCGCUGCGAAGACCCAGGACAAGGACUCGCCUCACGUCAUGCUCAUCUCGCUGAAGUCGGGCGCCGUUGGACUUAACCUCACCGCCGCGAGCAACGUGUUCCUUAGUGCGAUCGAGGCGCAGGCCAUCGACCGCGUGCACCGCCGCAAGACUGUGCGCGUGUUCCAACUCAUUGCGGCCGAUACGGUCGAGGCCAAGGUUCUGGACAUCCAGAAGCGCAAGGACGCACUUGUGGCCAAGAAGAGCGGCACCAAGGCGGACGCCGCAACGAAGAAGAAGGCACGUUUCGAAGACCUGAAGGAGAUCUUCGGCGUGAAGUAG